AUGGAGUCCCUUGAAGAACUAUCAGAGGAAGAGACUCCCAGAGAACCCACAAGUUCCUCAUCCCCAUCCUGGAAGCUCACAGGCAAGGAGAUUCUGGCCACCAAGACCCAAAAUUACUUUGCUCAGACUAAAAGAAUUAAGAACAUCUUGAUUCAGGUUGCCUUCUCCAUUGGGCUAAGCAGCAUAUGGCGUUUCCCCUACCUGUGUCAACGGAACGGAGGAGGCAGCUUUAUCCUGAUGUACUUCUUCAUGCUCCUCUUGUUCGGGAUUCCCCUCUUAUACAUGGAGAUGAUCAUGGGGCAUUGGCUGCGUGUGGACAACAUCCGGGUCUGGAAGCAGCUCAUCCCCUGGCUGGGCGGCAUAGGAUACGCUAGCAUAUUGGUGUGCAUCUUGAUGAGCUUGUAUAAAAGCAUCAUCAUCACCUGGAGCCUUUCCUACCUGGGCAACUCCUUUGCUAACUUCCUGCCCUGGAACCAGUGCCCACUGGUGAAGACCAUCAAUGUCACUGACCUCUCUUGCCUUCAGACUGUGUCCCACCAGUAUUUCUGGUAUCACACCACCCUGAGUGCCUCAGGCCACAUUGAAGAAGGGGUCGAGGCCCUUGUCCUGCGCCUCAUCCUGGGCAUCUUCGCAGCCUGGUGCCUCCUCUUCUUAACCAUGAUCACAGGGCUAAAGACUUCAAUGCCGGGUGGAGAAGACAACUAUAUCCAGAUGGCCUCCUUGGUGGCCCUCAUCAACCUGGGGACCUCAUUGCUGGUCACAUCCAUCAUCUUUAUAGUGCUGGGGUUCUGGGCCACUACCAGUGGUCCCACCUGUGUUGAGAAGAGCGUCUCAAAGCUGAUGAACCUGAUAAAAAAGGGCGUGCUGCCUCAGGAUGCCAAGCCCCCAGAGGACAUCCUACUCUUGCCCUCCCUGGACUAUCUAGAGUGGAUCAGCAAUCUCCCUCAACACCUCCAGUACCAGGUCAUCCACUCCACCCCAUCCUGCAGCAUCAAGACACAGAAGGAGAAGUUCAUGGAGGGUCCCGGCCUGGCAUUCGCAGCCUUCUCCCAAGCCGUCUCGUUGUUCCCUGGUUCCUCUUUCUGGGCCAUCCUCUUCUUCUCGACCCUGGUCAUCAUGGGGCUGAACACCUCGAUAAGGAUCUUGGAAGGCAUUGUCUAUCCCCUCCAGAACUCCAUCUCCAUCUUCAGGAGGCAUCCCAAGCUGCUGUCAGUGAUCGUCUGCUUGGGAGGUUUUCUGGGCAGCCUCAUCUUCACCAGUCAUUCUGGCAGCUACAUAAUGUCCUUGUUUGAUGACUGCCUGGUCCCGCUGAUCCUUAUCAUCAUUGUGGCCUUCCAGAAUGUGGCCCUGGCCUGGAUCUACGGAGCUAGGAGGGUCAGAGAAGAAAUAUUCGGUGAUCUGGGCCGCCCGUUGUGGUCCUUCUUCACUGUCCUGUGGUGCUACGUGACCCUGCCUGGGCUGCUGGCCCUGACCACCAUCUGCCUCAUGCAGCUCUACCAGACGGAACCCCCCCACUACAUUGCCUGGAACAGCAGUAUGAGCCAGGAGGUGAAACAGCCCUACCUGCGGAGCACCCUGGGCUGGGUCACCCUCCUCAGCAUCCUCACCUUCCUGCCGAUCCCAGUCUACUCACUUCAACACUGGUGGUACCUCCAGGACCACAUUGCUUCUGAUCCCUUUGAAAAGCUACAGUCCAAAAAUAUGCCCUUGGUGCCCCCCAAGCCGUUACAGUUGCCUAAGCGCCACGUGAAGUCCCAGGAGGGAAACGGUGAAAGCUCCUCCAAGAAGCUCAGCCUGCCCUUGAUUAGGGGGCUGAACCAGAACCCAUGGUGGUUCAGCCUGCCCUUGAGUAGGAACAGCCAGAGCUCUUCCUGGUUCAGGCUGCCUGUCAUUACCUCCCUGACAUCCACAUGGUCCAUAAGGAGUCUCAGCCUACCAGCUUCAAGGCAGGUGAGCCCGGCCUCAACAGCCAUAGACAACAGUGACCAGCACACCGGGACCGAAGAAGAAAAGCGGCACGAGAACUCUGUUCAGUAA